AUGAAGUCCUUCACGAGUAUCCUGGUCACACUUGGUGGCGUGUUUGUUGCGGCGCAAGAGCUUUGUGGAUCGCCUGAACCGCCAGCAGACCUGCGUGCAUUGGUUAGCCGAUCACAGAGUGGUCCGCGGAACGUUGCCGCUGAGCAGGCCAUCAACACUUACAUCCAUGUCAUCACAACCGAGGCCAAGGAAGGUCAAUAUCCACGGUCUAUGAUAGAUCAGCAGAUUGAAGUGCUGAACGACAGAUUCGUGGGCUCUGGCUUCACUUUUGCGACAGUCAGCGUAGACUACAACGUCAACGACACGUGGGCCUUUUGCGGCGUCUGGGAGCAGUGCGAGUUCGACUUCAAAGCGGCGCUCCGCCAAGGAACCUACGCCGACCUGAACCUAUACUACCUUAGCGACUUGUCUGAGAACAUGGGUGUGCUUGGCUACGCCUUUUACCCAGAGUCUGACGUGGACGAAGCGACCCUAUCGCGCGACGGUGUCGUCAACCUGGCUGGCACCUUGCCCGGCGCAGAAUUCGCAAAUUACGACCAGGGUCUCACGACAGUUCACGAAGUCGGGCACUGGCUCGGUCUGUUUCAUACAUUUCAGGGCAACUCGUGCACUGGCGAGGGAGAUCUCGUGGCCGACACGCCUCAGCAAUUAGAAGCAAGUGCCGGGUGCCCCACGAGCUCCGACACCUGCCCGGAUAGCCCUGGCCUCGAUCCGAUCCACAACUACAUGGAUUACACAAUUGAUGUAUGUAAAACGGAGUUCACUCCGGGUCAGAUUGCUCGGGCACAAGAUAUCUUCGCUACUCUCCGAUUGGGGAAGUGA